AGUGGCGCCCCUGACGGCAUAUUUCAAAUAUGUCGAUUUUUUUGUGUGCUAUCGAUAACGAUAGCGCGAGUGGAUAACAAGCUGUUUUCAUUCCGGGUUUUUUUAUGGGCAUUUUAAAACAGGCAUUUCUUCAUAUUUAUGGAAUUUAGAUGCCCGGGGAUGCAAAUAUCACGCCCCAGUCCGGGCGGAGACCGCGACUUGGAAUUGGUAGGCGUGGUUGUCAAUCCGCGCCUUUGAUGAGACUCCAAAAAGCGGAAUCUUCUGUAAAUACACCCAAAUAUGAAAACGAAGAGACCCCGAAAACUUUGGCUUUAUCACUGAGCGCCCGAAGGAUAGGAUUGUCUAAAAACCGAACAGAGUUGACCAAAAAGAAGUUGGAGUUUGCUGUGACGCAAGAAUUCAAAGAUGAGGAGCAUCAUAAUGUGAAGAAAUCGUCAAAAAAGGAAGCUAUCAAGUCGAAUAAAAGGAAGAAGGGUUCUCAAGAGGAAUGCAAUAAGGUGGAGGAUAAAGUGAACCUGGACGAGAAACAGGAUCUUAAGAAAAGUGAGCUGCAGGAUAGUCCAAAAAGUAGCAAAAUCACAGAGCUCAAGGGUGAUAUAGAAAUCUGGCGCCAGGCGUUUAUAGCUUCUGUGGACGAUCUUCUAACGAUGGUGGAGCCAGGACUCUCGAAAAAUGACCUCCUCGCCCAACUGGGUAUUCCCCUUAGCAUGCUGCGCUACCUAGAGGAGGAAUAACUUGAGUUAAACAUAGUUUUCCAUAAGAUUUAACAUUAAGAAACUGUAUUUCCUUUCAACAAAGAAGGGAAACUCAAACUGAAAGACAAACU